AUGGCCGACAAGAUGGAGAACCCUGAGGAAAAGAUCCAGGAGGGGCUUUUCGACCGCAUUAUCAACAACCUGACACAGCUGAACGUGAACGUGGGCAAGAUCAACGCGCAGCUCGUAGAGAUCGAGAAACAGAACGAGAAGACCGUGCUUGUGAGCGAGCUGUGGGAGAACUAUCGCAAAAACGCGGAAUUUCAUCUGGCCAAGACGGGGGAGCUCGAAGGGCCAAUAGAAUAGCAGACCAUGGGCCAUAGACCCCGCCCUCGCUUACCUGUUGCUAUAGCUGGACUAUAAUAAUAUUUUCAACGUGUUGUUUUCGAUCGACACUAUACCAACGUACUGUUAUCCCUAUAUCGCUCCCUCCACGCCUACUCCUUCUGGGUAGGCAACAUAUUAAAUCUCUUCUUCAACGUCACUCUCUGUCUGCUGUAUUUGUCGUCUGGCGAGAAUCUGGCCGGGUGGGCCGACUUUGUGAUCUCGCCCGUUUCCGUCUCCUUCUUCAACGUGUAGAUUCUCUUGCCG